AUGCCGCAGCUCAUAUUGGCCAACAGCGAACGGAUCGCCGCCGUCGUCGACGACCACAAACCCGUCGGCACGGACGCCGAUUUCCCCGACGUGCUGGCCGACCUGGACGUGGACGCGGAAGAGCUGCCGGACGAGGUUGUCGAGUACGGUCGUGUCCGGGUGGGCGAGACCGAGGAGUCCAGGACCAGAUUGGUGGCCGAACUCGAAGACAUGAUAUACGAGAAAGGGGAUGUUACACCACACAGAAUGGAUGAAAAGUUUCUACUACGGUUUUUAAGAGCUCGACAUUUCAAACUUAAUGCCACAUACAAACUAUUCGUGAAUUACUACAGAUUUAGAGAAAGUCAUCCAGAUUACUAUACAAUAAACCCAUUAGAUUUGUCUUUCAUAGCCGAUUCAGAAGUUCUAAGCGUUCUUCCUUAUAAAGAACAGACAGGCAGACGAAUUUUAAUUUAUAAAUUAGGUAAUUGGGACACCAACGACUUCGACAUGAACGAAAUACUUAAAGCAUCGCUGGCCACGUUAGAGCUUGGAAUUUUAGAACCGAUAGCUCAAAUACUCGGAGGGGUGGUCAUAUUCGAUAUGAACGGAUUCACGCUUCAGCACGCUUACCAAAUCACUCCAAAAGUCGUUUCUACGAUUUUCGACCUCAUCGUCUAUAGCAUACCGAUGAAAACGUACGCGAUUCACAUAAUCAACGAGUCGUGGGUGUUCGAAACGGCGUUCAAUCUCUUUAAGCCGUUUUUGGGCAAGCGUUAUAACGAAAUGUUAUUUUUCCACGGUAAAAAUAUGGACUCUCUGCACAAACACAUCGAUCCGGAAUAUUUGCCAAAAGUAUACGGUGGAGUGCGUCCGAAUUAUCCUUAUCAACAUUGGUUUAUUAAUUUGAAGAACAAUGCCGCAGUAGUAAAAGAAAUGGAAAGCUUGGGUUAUUGCAUUGAUCCUAAAUGA